AUGUAUUUGCAGGUACAACUCAAUGAGGAUCACAGAGAUUUGCAACGUUUUCUUUGGCGAACAUCACCAAGUGAACCAAUCAUGGACUACAGGUUCAAGACCUUGUGUUUUGGCAAUGCUGCGUCACCCUAUCUUGCCACAAAGACGUUGAUCAAACUUGCAGAAGAUGAAGGAGAAAAUUACCCACGAGCAGCAGAAGUUCUUCGGAACAAUUUUUACGUGGAUGACUGUCUAUUGUCAGUGGAGACCACAAAGGAAGCGAUCGAGGUGCAGAAAGAUCUCAUUAGUCUUCUCGGCAAAGCUCAAAUGAAGCUAUCCAAGUGGCAAUCCAACUCUCCGACAGUACUUCAAACAUUGCAAGAAGGCAACACAGAGGCAAAGGAAGUCUCAAUCUCUGAUGGCUGCGUGAAAGCGCUAGGAUUGAUGUGGAAUCCGUCAAACGACACCUUUUCAUUUCAAGUCGAUACAAUGGUCGAGAAUUUAGUUACAACCAAGAGAAAUAUCCUGAGAGUGGUGGCAAGGAUUUAUGAUCCGCUAGGACUACUAGCCCCCAUCACAAUCAACGCGAAGUUAAUCUUGCAGAAUCUUUGGAAGAAUGAGAUUGACUGGGAUACCGAGGUUGAGGGAGAUAUUUUGCGAGAGUGGAAAAAAUUUAUUGCCUCACUACAACACAUUCCGUCUAUGAGAAUAUCUCGAUGGACAUCGAAAAACGAAAAUGUUUGUGAAGAGCAGCUCCACAUGUUCUCGGAUGCCUCCAACCUAGCCUACGGAGCCGCAGUGUACCAUGUCACCAAGGAUGUCUCAGGACGAAUUUCAAGUCAGAUGUUGACGGCGAAGUCGAAAGUUGCGCCAAUCAAAACUAAUACAAUCCCGAAGCUAGAACUUUGUGCAGCAACACUUGGGGCCAAACUGUUAGCAAAGGUCGCAAAAAGUCUGAAAAUCAACAAGGUUUAUUGUUGGGUAGACGCCAAGGUAGUUCUUGCGCAAAUUGCAUCCGCUUCAAACAAACAAGACGUUUUUACCAAAAAUAGAGUGACAACGAUCAGAGAGUUGACAGCUGUUGAAUGUUGGAGACACGUUCCCACAAAAGAAAACCCGGCAGACCUCAUUUCAAGAGGAACCACAGCCAUGGAGUUGGAUAACUCAUCAUUGUAUUGGGAAGGCCCUCAUUGGUUAAAGGAGAGUGAUUUAGCUUGGGAAAGCAAGGAAAGUGUUCCACCAGCAGUCGAGGAGUCACAAGACAUUUCAGUCGCUACACUCACUGUCAACAAGUCAGAAGGAAAUUACAUUUUCACUAUCCUCAUGUCAAAAAUAAGCAACUUAUCCAGAAUGAAGAGAGUUCUUUUGGUAAUUUGCAAAGUUGGCCAACUCUUGAGAUUCAGAGCAUUGAGGACUAAAGGUCAUGCAGGAGCUCAUCCGAAUCAACCCACAAGUCAUAGUGCAGCAGACUUAGUCUGGGCAGAGAAUCAGUUGAUAAAAUGGGACCAAGAAUCUCAUUUUCCGGAGCUCAUUCAAGAUCUCAUGAACAACAAAGCAGUGACCAUCAACAGCGCAGCAAUGAAAAAGUUGCCCCCGUUUCUGGAUGAGGAGAGAAUUUUAAGGGUCGGUGGCAGAUUGGGACAUCUGGAUGAUGACUACAACACCAAAUAUCCAAAAAUUCUCCCACGCAGUGAUUUGACAAAGCUUAUCAUCCGAGAGAUGCACUUAUCACUAUUGCACCCCGGGCCACAGCUAUUGCUAGCUCAUUGUCGAAAAAGGUACUGGCCAAUAGGUGGACGUCAUAUCACAAGAAACGUUGUCCACAUAUGCAAGGCGUGCUUCGUGCACAAAACUUCUCGAGAAAACCAGAUAAUGGCAGACUUGCCUAAACACCGAAUUUCGUUGGUAAGGGCAUUUUCCAGCGUGGCCAUUGAUUGCUGCGGGCCAUUCUUUAUUAGAACAGGCGCCGAGUUCCGUGGACGCACUCAAAGGAUCGACAUAGUUGUCUUUGUAUGCACCUCAACCAAGGCAGUCCACCUGGAAAUUGUAAGCAGUUUGUCAUCAGAAGCAUUCAUGAGCAGCUUCAGACGAUUCACUUCACGUAGAGGAGUUUGCAAAGAAGUGUUCUCAGAUAACGGAAGGAAUUUCCUAGGAGCAUCACGUGAACUUCAACGUCUGUUAGCAGAAGAAGCUCCAACCAUUCAAGACCAAACAAUCCACCAGAACAUCACCUGGCACUUUCAACCGGCUCGUUCUCCGCACUUCAACGGAUUAGUCGAAGCAGCAGUGAAGUCAGCAAAGACUCAUCUCAAGAAAGUUAUUGGCGAGCAACGACUAAAUUAUGAGGAAUUUUAUACAAUUCUCACACAGGUCGAAGCCGUGUUGAAUAGUAGGCCGAUCACCAUUCUGUCGGACGAUCCCAGAGAUCCACAACCAUUGACUCCGGGUCAUUUUUUGCUUUUGGCACCACCGACUCAGCUGCCUGAUGAAAAUCUUGCAUCCGUGAGGAUGAACCACUUGACAAGAUGGCAAUUGUGUCAGCGGAUUGUACAAGAUUUUGUGAGAAAGUGGAGGCUAUCCUACUUGCACACACUUCAAGAGCGCUCAAAAUGGCACACGGAGAAAGAGAACCUGAAGGUGGAUGACAUAGUGAUCUUGCACGAUGCUUCCAUAGGAACCACCAAAUGGACAACAGGAAGAGUUGUUGGAGUUCACACUGGAGGAGACGGGAAAGUGAGAGUCAUCGACAUAAAAACCCCGACAGGAACCUAUACCAGGUCAGUGACUAAAGUCGCCAAACUUCCAACAUGUCAGAGUCACAACCUCCCCCGGGAGCAUGUAUAG